AAAAAUAAUAACUUGCCACCUCCUACUACACCUCCGAUUACAAAGUGAUAACCUCAACGCUCUCAUGAAUGUCUUAAUCGAUUCGGUUCGUUCUUAGUUAUACAUAAGACUAUAUAAGAAUCGGUGUCAUUGGAAACCAGUUUAAAUAACGGGUCAUGUGCACAAAAAUUGCGAAAAUCAAUUAGAGGAAUGUUGUCGUCGGUUUUUGUUUCACUUAGUGUGUUUACGGUCAUUCGAUUGAAAAUAGGAGAGACAGCAUCCCUUUCACAACCCUGUUCAGCAAUCAUAUCCAAGAAGCGUGCUGAUAAUCUUGAAGGAGACGAAUCAUUACUUUUGAAUAUAACUCCUAAUUUUACGUUAUCCGAACCAACACAACCUGUUCUAACCAAUCAGACUAAGAGGCAUUCGGCAAUCGUUUUUCCCGAUUCAACUGAAGACCUUGCGGAUAUAAUAUUUCCUGUUGAUGUGUCGCAAUGCGGUACUGCCUCGACGGUCUGCGAAGAUGUUACCAGUUAUCCCUACGAACACAUAAAGUUUGUACUGAACAAACGCAACGAUGCCAAAGGUUUUUUUGGUGUAGACGAAGGAGCCAUCGAGCAUCGAAUAGGAGAACCAGAUGAUAACUUCAUAUGUGCUUCGCUCGAAAAAACAAUUUUUCCAAAGGCCGGUAAAAAUAAGUAUAGUAAAUGGAAGUACAUUAUAAAUCAAGGUGACAACGACGGAUACGUGCAGGGUGUUAGGAUUGAGACUUGCGUUAACUCUUUGCAGAUUGAACGGUCCUUGUAAUCUGCUGGGAAGUGCACCAUAUGGUUUUAUUACAAGCUGUAAACAAAAGUAUAUUUACAGAAGGUUGUUAUCUGUAUCAGAUAGUGGUAUGCCAAUAGCUGAUACUUUUCAAAUUCCAUCAGCGUGUUGCUGCUCCUACAGGAGGAAUAAUGAUUACUUAUUAAACUUUGGCAGAAAGAUUCCAUAGAGUAAUCAUCGGGAUUGGUUAACAUGUCAGUGGUGUCAUUUGAUUUUUUUCUUGAGUAUAGGAAAAUGUAAUAAUUGCAGUAAGAAAGGAGUAAUAAAAUCAGAUGAACAACGAU